UUUUGACAGAUAGCCACAAUGACCAAUAGAUUCUCGCAGGGAGCCGUUGGGGGCGGGCCUCUCCGCCGCCGUGGCGCGGGGCGGGGCGGGGAGGUACUGCUGUCAUGGCCGCCGCCGCCGGCGCCGCGUCCCCGGCGGACAAGGAGAGAUUCAUCUGCAUUUAUCCAGCUUAUUUGAAUAACAAGAAGACAAUAGCAGAAGGAAGAAGGAUACCUAUAGACAAGGCUGUUGAAAAUCCCACAUCUACAGAAAUUCAAGAUGUAUGUGCAGCAGUAGGAUUCAAUGUGUUACUAGAGAAGAACAAGAUGUAUCCCAGAGAAUGGAACAGAGAUGUGCAGUACAGAGGUAGAGUACGAAUCCAGCUCAAACAAGAUGAUGGCAACCCAUGUUUACCUCAGUUUCCAACACGUAAAUCAGUGAUGCUGUAUGCUGCAGAAACCAUUCCCAAACUGAAAACAAGAACUCAGAAGAUGGGGGGUAGUGAUCAAAGCCUUCAGCAAGGAGAGGGAGGCAAGAAAGGUAAAGGGAAGAAAAAGAAAUAAAUUAACUUACGGAGUUGCUGUUGCAUCGCAUAGUUGUACUUACAGGAAGUACAGAUGGACACCGUGCAGCGACUUUGAAGUGAAGAUACAAGCAAGAAAUUAAGAGGGGAAGCUGAGUAGAACUGCCUGCUUUUCUUGGAACUGGAAUGCAUGUAACUGCCUUGCAUCUAUGUAACAAUAAAUCUCUUUUACACAUAA